AUGACACUGCCAUUGCUUAACCUACGAGAGAGAGCACGAACAUGGCAGAGAAUCAGGAAUUGUUCUGUUGUGCCGUCUGUCUGGAUCUACUGAAGGAUCCGGUCACUACUGCCUGUGGACACAGUUACUGUAUGGGCUGUAUAAAAGAAAGCUGGGAUCAGGAUGAUCUGAAAGGUGUCUACAGGUGUCCCCAGUGCAGACAGACCUUUAUACCAAGGCCUGUUCUGAAGAGAAACAUUGUGCUGGCUGAAGUGGUGGAGAAUCUGAAGACGACAGGACUCCAGGCUGCUCCCCCUCCUGCUCUGUGCUAUGCUGGACCUGGAGAUGUGGCGUGUGAUUUAUGCACUGGGAUCAAAAAGCAGAAAGCCCUCACGUCCUGUCUGGUGUGUCUGGCCUCUUACUGUGAGACUCACCUCCAACCUCACUAUGAAUCUCCUGCUUUCAAGAAGCACAAGCUGGUCAAAGCCACCGGACAACUACAUGAGAAGAUCUGCUCUAACCAUGACAAACUGCUGGAGGUUUUCUGUCGUACUGAUGAGCAGUGUAUCUGUUAUCAGUGUACAAUGGAUGAACAUCAAGGCCAUGAUACAGUGUCAGCUGCAGCAGAGAGGACUGAGAAACAGAGGCAGCUGGGGAUGAGUCUGCAGAAGGUCCAGCAGAGAUCCCAGGAAAGAGAGAAGGAGCUGAAGAAGCUCCAACAGGCUGUGGAUUCUCUCAAGCACUCUACACAGGCAGCAGUGGAUGACAGUGAUCAGAUCUUUACUGAGCUGAUCCGCUCCAUUGAGAGAAAGCGCUCUGAGGUGAAGGAGCUGAUCAGAGCCCAAGAGAAGACUCAAGUGAAUCAAGCUGAAGGACUCCUGGAGCAACUGAAGCAGGAGAUAGCUGAGCUGAGGAAGAGAAGCACUGAGCUGAAGCAGCUCUCACACACAGAGGAUCACAUCCAUUUCCUUCAGAGUUAUCAGUCUCUCUCCAGUAUCAGUGUAUCUUCAGACUUACCCAGCAUCGUUGUCCGUCCCCUUCAGUACUUUGGAGAUGUGAGUAAGACUGUGUCUGAAUUGAGAGAGAAAGUAGAAGACUUCCUUAAAGGAGAAUGGACCAAGAUCUCCACUACAGUGAAUAUAGUGGAUGUUGUACUGCCUCCAGAGCCCAAGACCAGAGAAGAGUUGUUACAAUAUUCCUGUCAACUCACACUGGACCCAAACACAGCACACACACGUCUCUCUCUGUCUGAAUGGAAUAGAAAGGUGACCUAUACAGGCCAAGUCCAACCAUAUCCUGAUCAUCCAGACAGAUUCACAAACGACUUGAUGGUGCUGUGUAGAGAGGGUCUGUCUGGACGCUGUUACUGGGAGGUGGAGUGGAGUGGGCUGUGUGUUAUUACAGCAGUCUCAUAUAAAGACAUCAGCAGAACAGGGAGAAGUAAUACAUUUGGACUCAAUGACAAGUCCUGGAGUUUACACUACUAUGGUGAUGGUUUUUGGUUCAGACACAAUAGUGUUAGGACGAAAGUGCCAGGCCCUCAGUCCUCCAGAGUAGGAGUGUACCUGGACCACAAGGCAGGUACUCUGUCCUUCUACAGUGUCUAUGACACAAUAACCCUCCUCCACAGAGUCCAGACCACAUUCACUCAGCCACUCUAUCCUGGGUUUUCUGUUGAUUGUCUUUUCUCUGGUACUGCUGAGCUGGUUAAACUGUAGUGGGGUCCAUAUAGAUACUAGUCAUGCUGGUGUAGUCUAUAGCUGAGCUGGUUAAACUGUAGUGGGGUCCACAUAUAUUCUACUCAUGCUGGUGGUGAUGGUCCCCAGAUAUGAUGAUUCAUUCUGCUCUGUUUGUCUUUACAAAUGUUUUUUUUCUGACUGAUUUGAUCUUCAAAGAUUUCAUCCAUUAAAAUAAAUUGUUUUAA